AUGGGAAGGCGAGGCCCGAGCCAUAUGGGCCCGUACGGGCUCGCUUGCUCGAGCUGCUUCAAGGCCAAGUGCAAAUGCGUCGCGCGUGCCGACGGCGGCGAGGGCUGCCAGCGCUGCCACCGGCUCAACAAGCCGUGCCGGCCGUCCGAUGCGCUGCGACGGAGCGCCAUCGACAAGAAGCCGAGCUCAGCGGCCCGCAUCGCCGACCUCGAGAGCAAGGUUGCCCUCUUGAUCUCGCAAUUGCAGGCGGGCGGCGUCGGCGGCGACGCCAACGAUGAUCACCACGACGACGGUCAUGCUGCGUCGGGCUCCGUCCGUUGCAGCAGUUCGCCAGCGCCCACGGCCACGCCCCGGCUGCCAGAUCCGCCGCAGCCUGUAGUUCCGGACGCCGAACACGAGGCCAUGCUCGAGACGUUCCGGUCGCGCAUGCUGCCUCACUUUGCCUUUGUGCACCUCCCCGCCGAGCUGACGGCUCACCAGCUGGAGCGCGACCGGCCGUUCCUCUUCCGCGCCGUUAUGUGCGUCGCGUCUCCUUCGGCGAGGGACAAAGCGGCGCGAGGCAGGGCGCUGAAGAGGGCGAUCGGCGAGGCCAUGUUGGAUUGCGAAGAGCAGUCCAGCAGCGACAGGAUGGACCUGCUACUCGCUCUCCUGACGUACGUCUCCUGGGGCUGGCACCACGAGAUCAACCACCACAGCAGCCUACCUCGGCUCAUGUCGCAAGCCAACUCGUUGGCCUGCGAGAUACGACUCCUAGACGGGUCAGGCGUCCCCGAUGCGCGGAUCACGGCGCUGUUCACCCCGGGCUCCGGCUGCCGGGCUGACCACGCAGGGGCGCUGACGAGGCACGAGUUCCUCGAGCGGCAGCGCGCGGUCCUGGGGUGUUUUGUGCUCAGCUCCGUCGUCUCGGCGCACUACCACGGCCAGGUGGACGCGCUGCGCUGGACUCCCGAGAUGGACAGCGGCCUCGCCGCCGUCAGCACCAACCACGAGUGCCCGACCGACGCGGCCCUCGCCGCGCAGGUCCGCCUGCAGCUGCUCGCGCAGAAGGCCGUCCAGGUGCACCAGCAGCAGCAGCUCGAGCACGGCGCCGCCGCACCCACGGAGAUGACCACCCUCCCCGCGCUGCUGGCCCUCGCCGCCCUGCAGACCCAACUCCGGGACCUCCAAACCUCCCUCCCCGCCACCCUCCCCAACCGCGACCUCAUCGCCGCGCACACCCACGCCACCGCCCUGACCCUCAGCGAAACAACCCACGCCAUCGCCUCCCUCGUGCCCGCCAUGAUCAGCCACUUCACCCGCAUGACCAGCAGCACCAACACCAACCCCAACCCCACCGCCGCCGCCCUCCCCACCACCAUCCCCAUCCCCAUCAUCCCCCCAUCCGCCAUGGGCGCCGCUGCGCCCAAUCCCAGUCCCACUCCCAGUCCCGCCGCCGCCACCACGGCCACGGUUACCGUGCCAGGCCCCACCCCCCGACAGGAGCGCCUGCGCACGCUGGGCCACACGCUGCGCGCCGUCAAGGCCUGCGCCGCGGCGCUCCUCGCCCCGCCCCCCGCCGCGUUCGCCGGCAUCGCCUUCCUCCAGUGGGCGCAGCUCGCGCGGUGUGCGGCCGCGCUGGGCGGCAUGGCGGCUGCGUAUGCUGCCGCGGCGGCGGCGGUCGCUCGCGGGGCGGUCGUGGACCUGCCGGGCCUGCUGGGCGCGGUGGCGGGGAAGUUGGAGCUUGUUGCGCGCCUCCAGCGGGAGGGUUCCGGCGAGGGUGAGGGCGGUGGCGGUGGCAGUGACGAUGGUGAUGAUGGGGUCGGGGCGGUGUUUGCGCGGCUGGCGCGGAGGAUGAGGGAGUUCUGCGCCGAGGCGGGUCGGAGUGCGGCGGCUCCGCCCGGCGGCGGCGCGGGUACGGAGACUGGCGCUGGCGGCGCGGCGGUGGAGGGUGGAGCGGCGGUCGAUGGCGCUUCGGCGGGCGUGACGUCGUGGUCGGGUCAGUCUAUUAUGCAGCCUACUGGUGGGCUUCAAUGGUGA